AUGGCUGAGUAUUUUACACGAGAUCAAUUAAUUCCACUAAGAGAAGCUUAUACUAGAUUUGAUAACGACUCUGAUGGAACUAUAACUACUAGAGAGCUUGAACAAAUUAUUAAGUAUCUAGGAUAUAAUAUAUCUGAAGCGCAGCUUAUCAAGCUUAUUAUUAGCAUUGAAUGUGAAGCUGGAGCUCUUGAUUUUACUGAUUUCUUAGAAAUUGUCUCAAAAAUCAUGAAGAGUCUGCAAAUUAAAAUAGAACUGAUUAGAGAAUUUAGAGACUUUGAUAAAAAUGGAAGCGGACGCAUAGGGAUUGCUGAUUUGAGAGAAAUCAUAAUGAAAUAUGGAAGGAAAUUGAAAGACUAUGAAGCUGAUGAAUUAAUAAAAAAAGCUGAUAUAGAUGAAGAUGGAUGCACCGUUUAUGAAGAAUUUUUAGAAAUGAUGAUUGAGUAUUAA